AUCCCCCGGUGAUCCCCAAGUUGAAUAACUACUAGGAGACGCACACCCAGUUGCUUGUAUCUUUGAAUUUGGCUUUGCCUGGGCGUGAAAUUUUCCUUCUGAGCAAAAGCAAUUCUUCCUAGAAAGAAAAAGAAAAAACAACGAAGGAAUUCAGAAAUGAAUAGUUCAUCACCAGCUCAUUCUUCAAUAUCAACCACAUCAAUAGUGGGAGGGAAUAGCAGCAAUGCUGCUUUGUCCACGGAGGAGUUCCACAUCCCAGCUGAUCUCAUUUCAAUUCAAGAGAGCAAAGACGAGGCUUUGCUCGUUCUAAAAUCAGAUCUGAUGGCUUCACUUGAUAAGGAGGUUAAAUCCUUGGACGAAGAUAACUGGAAGUUUGAGGGACCUCGCUCCCGUAUCCAUCUUAUAUCAAGACGAGGUUUUGUCUGAAUGAGUAUCAAGUGAGGAUCUACAUGUGCUGCACGAACAGGGACGUAAUCAAUUAGUUUAUGAAAGCCCGUAUAGAAGAUCAAUUUACCAAAGGGAAUGCUUGAUGGCAUAUCCUUUACAGUCUUGCUCAUUUGCAUGUCCUCGACAAUAUUUUUCAUAUUUUAUCUAAUUUUCUAUUUUCUUGAAACAUGUAGUAUAAUCUAGAACUGAUUGCUUAGUACUGUUUGCGGUUUUGAUAGCCUGGUUUGGUUUGAAGUUGCCUUCAUACUUCUCAUUCUAUCACCCUUUUAUCACAACACUAGUCACAUGAGUUUGGUAUUUGUUUUUCAUUGUAAACUUUGAAUCAGGUGGUUUUUUUCACAAGCGGACAGAAAUUU